AUGGGUGACCCCUUACUACGAAUGGCGCGCCUACUAGGAAUGGGAUCUCUUGGAAACGGUCCACUGCCUGAUGACGGAGUUGAUCGUACACCAACAGAAAGACAUUUUUACAACACUAGAGAAUCGUACGCCAGUCAAGGAUGGUCGAACCAUUUUCUUUCGACUGAUGAACGAGUAAGAUACUUGGAACGCAGUAACCUGGCUCCGCUUUCAACAAACAGAGAUACGUUCCUUGCUCUGCCUUGCGAUCACAAAGACGGAUGGUAUAUGGGUGCAACUCACUUCACCUGCCCAUCAGUUACAAGAUUUAUUCCAUGUGGACAAGAAAUGGCAUAUUAUUUCAACGACCAUGGUUGUUCUCCAGAUUGGCUUCUCAAGGGCCUUAUGCUUCUACCUUGGCUAAUUAGAGAAAUUAUCUAUGAACAUGUCGUUCAUUAUAAGGGUCUCUUUAGUUUGGUUACCACGAAUGAUAUGUUAACAUCCCCAACAGAGACUAAGAAAACAGAUAGCGAUUUCGCCUCCAAUAAGUAUUAUGGGGUUAUUACACUUGAAAAUAAGGUUGGGAUGACGACGAAUCAUGCAAUGGGAGAGUUUUGUUGGAUAAGAGGGUUUGCCGAAGUGUUGCGAAGACGAGAAAGCGACGGUAGCCAAGAGGCGAAAGAGGGAUUUCUUGGGUUCAUUUGCACGCGUGUGGUGUGGUCUGUGAAAUGUUGUAACCAAGAUUGGAAGAGUGAUCGUAACACUCCUAUCAUUGAGAAGUCUUUGACAUGGUUGAAGAGAAACAGAUUUUUCAUUCCUGCGUAA